AUGAAAUUCAAUUUGAGUAGAUUCUCUAGGCUACAGAUCUACAGUCUACAGAUUUCGCAACGUUGCACAAUUCAAGCCUAAAAAUCGAUUUAUUUUCUUGCUUUGUCAGCAGCAACAUAGUAUAUUUUAGCUUAUUCAUAUCACAAGCAUAACAGGUUUUUUCUCAUUUUAGAUCCAUCAAUAUACAAUAUUAUAUACGAGAGAACACAAAAUGGAUCUGGGUAUGGAUGAAACAAAUAUUCCACAGAGUGAACCAAUGGAAGUUAGUCAAGUGCAAAAUAAAGCUGGUGGAUUUGUGUGGAAAGUUGAUGAUAUACAACGACUUAGGAGAUUUCUAUGCUUUGGUUCUGAAUCGGGGACUUAUUAUUCUUCUCCCAAGGAACUUGGACUAGAGAAUGCAAAAGUGUUUUUAAAGCUCAUAAAAGAAGGUAAAGGGAAGGACAUUGUAAAAGUGGUACGUGACUUCAGCGUAGAUGGUCGAACAGCCAAGCAAGAUUCUAUAAUAUUUGCCCUAGCAUUAUGUGCCAGGUCUGAAGAUACAGACACCAAAGCAGAAGCCUACAAAGUUCUUAACGAAGUUUGUCGAAUCCCAACUCACUUGUUUGCAUUUGUUCAGCAAUGUGAGAAACUAAGCAAAGGUACUGGGUGGGGUCGUGCUCAUCGACGUGCUGUUUCAUCAUGGUACACACAAUUUUCCGAUAAACCAAAGAAACUGGCCAAUCAUAUCACAAAAUAUCGCAACAGGAAUGGAUGGACCCAUAAGGACCUUUUAAGAUUGUCUCAUAUGAAAACAGAAUCUGAUUCACUUGCUUGCAUUUUCAAGUAUAUUGUCAAGGGAAUCGAGGCUACGAAAGAGACAUAUGAGAAUGAAAAGUAUGAUUCUGAAGAUGUUAAAGAUGUCCUUGAUUACCUGUGUGUGGUUGAAAUGGCUCGUAUAUCCCAAGAUGAGCAACAGCUCAAAGGUCUCAUCAUGAGUUACCAACUGGUGAGGGAGCAUAUACCUACCAAUAUGUUGAACAGCAAAGUUGUAUGGAGCGCACUGUUGGUCAAUAUGCCAAUGACAGCCAUGAUUAGGAAUCUUUCCAAGAUGUCAAGCAUUGGAUUGCUCGAAAAAGGAAGUGAGGAGGAAAAGAUAAUUGUGGACUGUCUGAAUAAUGAGAUGAAGUUACGCCAGGCUCGUAUCCACCCAUUCAAUGUCUUAGUGGCUUUGUUUACGUACAGCAAAGGUGCAGGCGAAAGGGGUAAACUGAAGUGGCCUGUGAAUUUGCAAGUAACAAAGGCAUUGGAUACUGCCUACCACUUGUCAUUCAAGUUUGUCGAACCGACUAACAAACGAUAUUGCCUUGCUGUUGAUGUGAGUGGCUCAAUGUGUUCCCCAGUUCUUGGCACUGCCGCCAUUACAUGUCGUGAUGCUUCAGCUGCCAUGAUGAUGACGACAGCACGUACAGAGACAAAUUACGAAGUGGUUGCAUUUUCACAAACCUUAAAAAAGAUGGAUAUUAGGAGUGAAAUGCAACUGCAACAAGUGAUUUCUGAGAUUAAACGUUUCUCUAUGGGAGGCACAGACUGUGCUCAACCAAUGCUAUGGGCCAAGAAGUACAAGAAAGAAUUUGAUGUUUUUAUCGUAUACACUGACUGCGAAACCUGGGCAGGGGCAGUGCAUCCAGCUGAGGCCCUCCGUCAAUACCGCAAGGCCAUGAAUAUCUGGGAUGCUAAAUUGAUUGUCUGCGCUAUGACCAGUAAUGGAUUCACGUUAGCGGAUCCAGAGGACCCUGGCAUGCUUGAUAUGUCAGGUUUUGACAGUGCUGCUCCCAAUAUAAUGAGUAAUUUCAUACUUGGAAAAAUUUGAACUAGAGAAGGUCAGGACUACAUGGAGGGUGACAGGGAUUAUGGCAACUCAUCCUCGUAUGGUACACACACACGAAUCUGCAAAAAGUAAUACCUUGAUAAAUGGAGAUAAAAAAUUAGUCUUUCAUAUGUGUAUACUUGUGUUUCAGGUGUUCCACAUAUAUUUUACACACAUUGUGAAUUUUAUCUCUGUGACUAGAUACAAGUCUAGUUUUAGAUUACAGUUUCAACUGUAGUUGAACAUCAGGACCGUAGCCAGAGGGGGGGGGUUGAGCCAUUUUAGGCCAAACCUAUCCCUACUAUCAUAGCUUUGUGUUUUGAAUUAUGAUUAAUCAGUUGUAUUAUUAUAUAAAGAUGAAGUAGGUCAACUAACUUUACCAGUACCAGUGUGUUGCAUUACUAUGACAACACAAAUGAGCCAAACAAAAUAUCAGAGCUGCCAAAAAAAUUUUGUUACUUUUGUAUAUAAAUAAGUUGAAUUAUGCAUUUGUUUUUAUAGAACUAUAUAUUCACGCGGUCCUAACUUUGAUCGUAAUUUGAAUUUUUGACCUACCAGAUGUUUGAAAAUCAAGGAUUACGAGUCUCAUACUGCACCGUUUUUCUUCAAACUUGUUCCAUUCAAACCAUAACAAAAAUCACUUUCUAAUGGUACAUUAUUCCCUACUUCUAGCGGCAUUUUGGUACCCAGCUGUAAGAAGGCCUUGUAACAGCUGGGGACCAAAACACUGCUAGAACGAGGGACUCUUUACAAUAAAGCAAUGCACCGACAGAACGGCAAUUUUGUUUUGCUUUUAAUGGUAUAGGUUUGAAGAAAAACGAUGCAGUAUGAGACUCGCAAUCCUUGAUUUUCAAGCAUCUGGUAGGUCAAAAAUUCAAAUUAACGGUCGAAGUUAGUACCGCGUGAUAUUUAGGAUAUAUUUAGAUAUGUACAUGUAUAAAACAUACUUUUACUUGAAUAACUUUGUGUACAUACAUACUUUUACUUGAAUAACUUUGUGUGCAUACAUGUACAUACUUUUACUUACACAUGUAUAACUAUGCUUUUAGGGCACAGUUUCUGGCAGUACUAGUUUACAAUAAUUAUAUCUACAUAUAUAUAUAUAUACAGUAUAUCUUUUGAUCAUUGAGAAUUUAAAUUAAGUUGUAGAAUAAUCGUUCCGGUGCACCUUUAGUACUGCGGACAAGGAAAUGGCAAAAUUUAUGGUAAAUAGCAAAUAAAAUACUGCUUAUAUGUUUAUAAAACUGUUGCGAGAACAAACUUUUGAAAGACACAAAUUACAGAAGAAGGAUAGUACUUGUCAGGAAAAUGAUACCUGAUCUCAGAUCGUCAUUUACAAUACUAUAAUAAUAACUAUGCAGGUUUUACUGUAUUUUGAAUUGUUAACUAAAUGUGAUAUUUCUGUAUAUUGCAAUAUAAAGUACUGGAGGUGUCAACAUUUUUAAAGAUGUUUUGAUUUAUUUACAAAAUAAAAAACAUUAUACAUCAAAUGUGUGUUAGUCUUUUCAUAUGACCUAUUCAAGAAAUGUUACAACAUACAGAAUUGAUCAUUGACUUGGGUUGUACAUUAAUGACGAAGAAGAGAUUAUUUGGAAUGAUGUAGUCUUGCUACACGCCCUUGUGAGUUCUCCCAACUACACACCUCCCCAGAAGUGUGAGGUGAGUGGUCAAGUAGUGUGAGGGGGGCCAUAGGGCUUUGUAGAUCAGAUAUGAUGCAUAUACUGUAAAUGAGUUUUUGCAUUGGGUAGUGCUGCAUUGACUUGAGUUAAAAUCAUUGACUUGGAUUGUACUGCCUUGACUUGAGUUGAGAUCAUUGACUUGGGUGGUACUGCCUUGACUUGAGUAGAGAUCAUUGAAUUGGUACUGCUUUAACUUAAGUAGAGAUCAUUGACUUGGAUGGUACUGCCUUGACUUGAGUAGAGAUCAUUGACUUGGGUGGUACUGCCUUGACUUGAGUAGAGAUCAUUGACUUGGGUGGUACUGCAUUGACUUGAGUAGAGAUCAUUGACUUGGUACUGCCUUAACUUGAAUAGAGAUCAUUGACUUGGGUGGUACUGCCUUGACUUGAGUAUAGAUCAUUGACUUGGUACUGCCUUAACUUAAGUAGAGAUCAUUGACUUGGAUGGUACUGCCUUGACUUGAGAAGAAAUCAUUGACUUGGGUGGUACUGCAUUGAUUUGAGUAAGAUCAUAGACUUGGGUGAUACUAGAUAUAGUACUGUAAUUACUUGAGUAAAGAUCAUUCAAUUGACUUGGAUGGUACUGCAUUUACUUGAGUAAGAUCAUAGACUUGGGUGAUACUAGAUAUAGUACUUUAAUUACUUGAGUAAAGAUCAUCCAAUUGACUUGG